AUGAGCGAUAAAGAGCCAUUAUUAAAGAAACAUAACAAAUUACUUAAUGACAAUGAUGAUGACAUUGAAAACAAAAGUUUUUCUGAAUGGCGUCGAUAUUUCAAUCAGCAAAAGACUGAUGCUAAGAAUAAAAAGUUAAAUGAUGAAGUCAACCAAACUACGAAAGAUAUUCCAGUCAGUGUUUUACAAUUAUUUCGAUUUGCUGAUCGUAUUGAUAUUCUUCUUUUAAUUCUUGGUCUGUGUUUCAUGUUGGGACAUGUAGCUGGUGUUCUUGCGAAUGUAAUUCUUUUUGGUCGGAUCACGGGAUUAUUUGCCACUACAUCAUUUGCUGUUGAUUGCGAUAAUCAAUAUCAAAAUUUAGAAUCUACAAUUAUCAAUAAUACUAUAUGUCCUCUUGGUAUUGAUCUUAAUCCAUUAAAUUAUGAUCGAUUAAAUAAACUAUGCCAUUAUGAUAAUAAAAUUAUUUCAACCACAUUAUCUCCACUAACACCUUUAUUUCAUGACAAUGUUAUGCAUCUAGUUUAUUGGUUCUUGGGUGUCGGUCUUUUUACAUGUCUAAGUGCUGUUUUUGAAUAUUUCUGUUGGACAGUUGCUACGGAACGGCAGGCAUCUCGUAUGAGGGUUUUACUCUUUCGAUCACUUAUUCAACGUGUAAGUAAAAACAUUGUUUUAUACUCAUCAAAUACUUCAUAA